AUGGAGGUCGUCGGGGUCAUCGGGGCAAUCCCCAGCCUGCUUCAGAUGGUUCGGUGGCUGACUACCGCUAUUCGAGGAUUCUCAAAGAAGAAACAUGCGGCAAAGGCAGCCGCAGAGUUGAUUUUACAGCUUCGAGACAUCGAAUCGAUUCUGAAAGAUGUGCAACAUAGGUGGAAAGAGAGUCCUCUCAGUCUGUCUCAGCUCCAGGGACUUUCGCCCAUCUUUACCCAGCUGAAAACUGAGCUUUCCUCCCUCCAAGCUACCCUACAGAGUAAGACCGCGAAAGAACCCCGAGGGUUCUUUAGAAAAGCUAUGCUCUUGUCUACUGGGCUGGACAAGACACUAAAGGGGUCACUUGUUUCUCUAUCGCAGCUCAAGACAUCGCUCACGUUAAUCAUCGCUCAUCACAAUGAUAAGGUAUCCGAAGAACUGUUAGAUAUCUCCUCUGAUGAAUUACGAUUGAAGUUGCGUGCUCUUCUGCGACCAUCGGGGGAUAGUUUUAUUCCCAAGAGGCUUGAACACACUUGUGAAUGGAUUUGGUCGCAUGAUACAUUCAGCAAAUGGCUAGAUGAUCAAGCAUCAGCACCAAGGGACGAUAUGAGCCGGAUACUCUGCCUUCACGGCGUUAAAGGAUGCGGUAAAUCAGUCUUGGUGAAGUCUAUCGCCGAAGAUUUGCGUGACCGAGGCAAAAUUGCCUCACACUUCUCGUUCUGGUCAGGGAGCGAGACACAGCGGAAGUUAUUGGACUUCUUACGCACCCUCUUAUGGCAAUUAUUGAGUUGCCUCCCAGAGAGUGAAACUCGACAGCUGACAAGAUCGUUAAUCAACGAAGCCAGUAUCAAUGAAAGUAACGUCUUCAAGGCAAUUCAAGGGGUCUUGGGGCUUGUCAAGUCCGAUCUAUACUGCAUCAUUGACGGAAUUGACGAGUCGACGGACGAUUGGAAUAGUCACCGCGAUGGAUCUCUGCGGACUGUUCUCGAUAUUCUCAAAAGUCACCCGAGGCUAUACUUGCUUAUGUCUGGCCGUGAAGCCUCCAUGCGCACGCUUCUAAAGGGAUCAUCGCCUAAGUUGGAGCUAAUUGAGAAUCUCACCCGAGGUGACAUAAACAAACUCAUCGCUGCUGAGUUGGAUAGUGCACUCACAAUCCAAACACUGGAGAUAAAAGCAAUGGCGCAAAAGAGUCUUGAACAAAAGUCCCAGGUCAUGUUUCUCUGGACGACCCUUAUUUCGAAAGAACUCAGGCGGUGCUUCAGCGUGGAAGAGAUAAGGAGUACUCUCAACCAAGUCCCCCGCGACCUCGACCGCCAGUAUCAUCGUUUGCUCCUACAGCAGAUGACCAAGACAGGAGGCACCCCUACGAAGCCAUCAACUUCAAUGAAACGAGCCCGACUUCUAUUAUUCUCCAUUUUUGCUUCCCCAGAGCCGUUGACGGCCGAUGAACUAUGUUAUGCAUAUGCCGCCCAUGUGAAUCGAGGGGGGAGAAUUGAGGAUGAUUUGAUAUCAGUGGACGGCAUCAUAGAUGCCUGCGGCGAAUUUGUUCGCCUUACCGAAGGGCGAUACCAUCUCAUCCACAACUCGGUGGCGGACUUCUUUACCCGGCCGGAAAGUGAGUGGCAUGCCGAAGAUUCGGAUAUAGUCUACUUUCGAGUGGACAAUGCACAAGCUCAGCUAUCCAUGUGCUCUGCAUGUUUCAACUAUAUCGAGUUACUGGACCUGGGGUAUCCGUUAACGGAUGAUGGGGCCUUAACAUUACCAUCGAGGUAUCCUUUUUUUUCCUACGCAACAGAAUUACUCCCUUACUAUUUCUCUCGGGUCAUAGAGACUGGGCUUACUAGCUGGGCACAGUCAAAUGUGUUGCAGUUUAUGAGAACACCUCAGUUUUGUGCUUUGAUUGAGUAUCUGGUCGUCAUUUUCCAGCGCACUCCUGAGAACAAUGAAAUUGGCCACUGGACUGAACUAAUGUGUGUCGAAUUCCCAUGGGAGACACUGGGCCUAAAAGAAGUGUACGAAAAAGAACUUCAGCGUCGGAUGCAGUGCUUUGGAGCUCACGAUGGCCGCUACCAGUCAUGGCAAUCUCCAUCAAUCUUUAUGCUGAUGUCCGGUCCAAAUUGGACCGAUUCCGAAUUCCAGUCUAUCACCGACAACUCCUCUGCCUACAACGUGUUUUCUAUUACUAAAGAUUCCUUUACCAACGCUAUUUUCCACAACAGCAAGAACAUAGUCGCCAGAGAGGGAGGGGGACCAUCCCUAGCGGCCUUGCCUCAAUACAUGACCAGGACUCAUGGCAAUGCUGUCGAUACGCUGUCGAAGGGCCUCUAUGCCGCCACGAACAUUUUUCAUGGCAUCGGAAAUAUGGCUGACGUUGUAUCUCUUUCUUUAGCAUCAUUACCCGUCCCCGUGCUGCUCCUCAUGGUGAGAAAGGCAUACUACGAAGGAGAAUUUUGUUCGGCAGAGAGACUGGCAUCAAUUGCAGCCCAAAAGACUGCAAAUACAGGUAAUCAGUGGGAAUCCUUAAGCUUGGCGGAGUUGGGAGCUGCGAUGUACCAAGUCACGCCCGAAAAAGAUGAGAAAGCAAUAGAGCUACUCCGCAGAUGCAUUCAGAUCGCCCAGCGACUCCGUCCACAACCACAAAUCUACCUGAUAAACAUUUUUGCGUACACAAACCUCGUGCGCCUCUUGAUACGACAAGAGAAACACGAUGAUGCCAGGGCAAUUUUACUUGAUUUGGGGAGUCUUACGGGGAAAGACCGUGAUAAGAGUGAAAGCCGGCUGUGGGAAUUUUUCUGCAGCACUCGAGAUGGAGUCGGUUUAAGGAUGGACGCACUGACAAUGGUCGCUGAUGAAUAUUAUUCGGCGAAUAACUUGACAGAUGCAGCAAAUGUGAUGACUCAAGUCAUGGCUGUAUGGGAGAGCACGGGGUCGAAGCCGAAUAAGGCAGUCCGAUGGAGCCUCAAGACCCAGCAACACAUCCUUUUCUCUUUAAACAAGCCAAGUGAAUGCCUUAUUGUCAGCCGAAAGCUCCUAAAAUUCCUGGAGAGCUGCAGUAAAAGAAAACAUUUGGAGAAGAAUGAGAUACAUUUGCGGCGACAAACUCAACGAUAUGCCGCAGCUUCUUCUGCUGCAUUAGGCAAUAUGGGUGAAGCUAUGACAUUGUACUGUCAGUCCGCAGAUGAUGCUUGUCUCUUGGAUGUCAACAAAGAAGGCCACGCUUUCCUGUGGGAUCUCGAUGACCUAGCAAUUGACUUGGCUUUUAUCGGUGAAUACGAGCGAUCUGUGUUAGUGUGCCUGAAGUUCUUAGAGAUGCACAAAAUAUCACUUGAGGACAAAGAAAUAGCACCAAAGGGAUUCCGCAACCUCGAACCCCUAGUCAGCAAGUUGCAGCAAGUCGGAUUCGUUGGAUCUAACUACAAAGAGAUAUUGCACUGCUUUUCGCUUCUAAAGGCAUACCAAACACACGAAUAUCUAGUAGCAGAAGCAGACUGGUGGAGAGAUAUGGCUUUUUAUGUUGACGGCCAUCACGUCCCUUCAUUCCGUGGUCAAAUGGUGUUGCCCUUUCUCAAAGCCAUCGACACGAUUCUCAGUACAAACGGCGGGCUAUGGCAGGCCGUUGAAUUGUAUAGAACCCUUGCAGGGCUCUCUCUCAAGGCUGGGAGUCGUUCAGCAGCGGAGCUACUAUGGGACGAUGCUGCAGCACGGUGCUUCGCCAAUCCUAGCCACGGUUUUUACCAAGGCCUAAUUAUGUUGAGCGAUAUUGCAUUACACAACGGGAGGUUCCAUCAGCGGAAGCUUCUCAUUGCUAUGGCCUAUGCCAACUGCAUAUGUGAGUGUUGUGGCAACUCGGAUGAAGAAAUGGACUUUGCGGAUAUCUUCUUUGCGAAGGAGCAUGUUAAAGAUGCUGUACACUUGGUGAAUAUUGCCUCUGCUGAAGACGAGAUGAGACUAUUCUAUCUCGAAACAGCUUGCACGCACGUGGCGAGAGCCAUAAAGGCAAACAGGACAAUGUAUUUGCGUGAAGGUAGUGAGCGGUGGAUUCCGGACGAAGAUGAAGACGAAGAUGAAGAUGAAGAUGAAGACGAAGAUGAAAAGGAUGGAUAUGAGAUGGACGAGCGAGAGGCUAGGGAGGAACUCGCUGAUCUUGAAACGCGUCUGAGGAAUAUCGGUGGUGGCGUGAUUCUCGACAAGGCGAUUAUAGAAUCAAAAGAAAACGCUCCUGGGAAGCAUCAUCUGAGGCGUGUCAAGAGUUUUGCGGGCUUGUAUGAAGCGAAGCCGCAUAUUUGUUGGAGGAACUACAGUCGGUCACGUUCUUGGGAGCUUUUACCUGGUCUUCCAGGUUGA